GCGUUGCUACUAAGCGUUUUCGACAUUCUCACAAUGGCGAGGUAGUGGAAAGAAUGGGUUGGCUACGCGUCUCUGGGCGAAGAAGAAACCAUACAUUUUGUUGAAGGUCGCAGUUUUUUGUCAUUUAUUGAUAGCGACGGAAUGCUUGCUGAUUAGUAGGGCCACAUGAAGAGAGGAGUGUACGUUCAGGUGGUGGGUUUAUGGAGACUGCUACGUAUGCAGCAGCCAGCUUACAUCGGGACCAAAAGCGGGUUGGAGAAGAAAGAGGCUUUCCUACCAUGAGAGCGAGUUAACCCCGUUUUUUUUUAUGAGGGAGAAACAAUUGAACCAAUAUUGCUUUACAAAGACGCUGUGUUGGCAACAGCGAGAAUAGGCUACGAGGCAAAUCGGAGUUUGGUCAAGUUUUGGGGAAUGGCAGGUCGAAGCCGAAGAGCAUGGUUUAGUGUUCUGUUGGGGCUGGUUGUCGGGUUCACCCUGGCUUCCAGACUCAUAUUACCGAAGGCUACGGAGUUGAAGAAAUCCGGUCAGAAACGCAAGGCGAACCCAGCCGGUUGCGGGUUGAACGGGGGUCUGAGGAGAGAAUUCGGUGGGAUAUUAUGGCCCCCGCAAGAUAACGGAUUUUCGGCGACCGAGAAGCCAGUUCCGAGGUCCAACAAUUUCCUUUACGUCGGCGUCAUGACUGCCCAGAAGUACCUGAAUAACCGCGCCAUCGCGGCACAUAGAACGUGGGCUCAGACCAUCCCGGGCCAUGUGGAGUUCUUCUCCAGCGAGGGUUCGGACACCACCAUCCCCAUCCCCAUCGUGGCGCUGCACAACGUGGACGACUCCUACCCACCGCAGAAGAAGUCCUUCAUGAUGCUCAAGUACAUGCACGAUCACUACCUGGAUCAAUAUGAGUGGUUCAUGCGGGCCGACGAUGAUGUGUACAUCAAGAGCGAGCGCCUGGAGGGCUUCCUGCGCUCGCUCAACAGCAGCGAGGCACUCUUCCUGGGCCAGACGGGCAUGGGCGCCCGCGACGAGCUGGGCAAGCUGGCGCUGGAGCCCGGUGAGAACUUCUGCAUGGGUGGCCCCGGCGUGAUCAUGAGCCGCGAGGUGCUGCGCCGGAUGGUUCCUCACAUCGGCCAGUGCCUGCAGGAGAUGUACACCACGCAUGAAGACGUUGAGGUGGGACGCUGCGUGCGGAGGUUUGCCGGCGUGCAGUGUGUCUGGUCCUACGAGCGAGCUGACAGCCUGGUUACUUCACCAUUCUAUCCACUACACAUUAGAGGCACAGAAAGAAAGGAAAGGGGUGGCUUCUUCAGCAGGGGAAGGAUCACACCAAUGAGUGAAUGACUGAUCUCUUGCAUGUCGUCACCCACAAACUCGAUGUUCUUAAAGAGACCCUGUACAAUUCUAAUGUUUUGCAUCUCAAUAGGUACACAAUGUAGAAACCUCAUUUUUCAAUGACGGGAUUUUGUUUCAACAUUUUAGCUUUUUAUAAUAAACAAAUGUCUUUACACUGUUAAAUAUUCAUUUACAUAGCACAACGUGUGCUUCAUAUAUACUGUAUCUCAAUAAAUUUCAACUUUAUUUUCUGGCCAAACAAUAUUUUUUUCCCGCAUAUACUGCAAUCAGACUU